AUGUUGGUUCAGUCUGUACUAUCGCUGCUGCCGCUGCUUGCGCUUGUAUCAGCGGCUUCGAUCAAGGGCAAUAUCGCCUUCAAUGAUGUCCUUCCAGUGGAGUCUCUCCCAAUCGGAAGCUCCGUAUCCCUCGAUCACGGCCUCGACCGCGUCUUGGUCAAGCAAGACGGCUCAUUCGAAAUAUUCGAUGUUCCCGAAGGGAUCCAUCAUGUGGAAACGCUGAUACCAGGUUACGUCGUCCAACCCCUCUGGGUAACAAUCUCACCCCCCAUCCCUCCUAUCGCCGAAGACGGCCCCCCAUCCCUCCACAUCCAAUCCGCCAACCCCGCCCGCCAAGCCCUGCCCCCUUCUUCCCCUUCUUUGACCUACCCCAUCGUGCUCGAAGCGCUCGGUAAAGAAAGUUACUUUGUGCCGAAAGGCGGGAUGAACAUUUUGGGCAUGUUGAAGAACCCUAUGGUGUUGAUGAUGCUGUUCAGUGGGGUUAUGAUGUAUGGUAUGCCGAAGCUUGUUGCGAGUAUGGAAAGCUCUGAUCCGGAUCUGUCAAAGGAGAUGGCAGAGACGAGGAAGAAGAUGGCCGGGUUCCAGAAUGGUGACUGGGCUGGCGCUAUCUCGAGCUUGCUCGCAGGGCCCGAGGAGGAGAAACCAGCAAAGGCUGUCAAGCCUGCUGCCACUCCUCAAAGUCCUCAGCCGUCAGCACCGGCUGCCAAGUCUGGAGGCGGUAAGAAGCGUAGAAAGUAG